CGCCGGUGGGCCGCAGAUGAAGAGGAGGCGGCGGCAGUGGUGGAAGAAGAGGCGGCGGCGGCGGGGGUAGGGAACCUGGAAACGCGAACGGGGAUGGUAGGUGGUUUGGACCCGCCGAGCCGCCGUCGUUUCCAGAAAGGGUUUGACUGGAGGAACCUCUGGAGCAGCUCCUCGGGAAUAGCUUCCGGGAUUACCAGCGUGGGACACCACUUCAGGUUUUAAGGCUGUUUUGCCGGAUUAAAAAUCUUCAUUCCCAGAAAGAUCUACUUCAUGGUUGGCUGGCUCCUCUGGCUGAUGGCAUGUUGAGGUACAUGGGCCAGUGGCAGCGAGGGCAUCCAUUCCAGAGGGGGCCACUCUAGAGGCCAGGCCACCACCACCAUGGGCCAGUGUGUCACCAAGUGCAAGAAUCCCUCAUCAACCUUGGGCAGCAAGAAUGGAGACCGGGACCCCAGCAGCAAGUCACACAGCAGGCGAGGGGCAAGCCACCGUGAGGAACAGGUGCCACCCUGUGGUAAGCCAGGUGGGGACAUCCUCGUCAAUGGGACCAAGAAAGCCGAAGCUGCCACUGAAGCCUGCCAGCUGCCAACAUCCUCCGGAGAUGCUGGGAGGGAGUCCAAGUCCAAUGCUGAGGAGUCUUCCUUGCAGAGACUGGAAGAACUGUUCAGGCGCUACAAGGAUGAGCGGGAGGAUGCAAUUUUGGAGGAAGGCAUGGAGCGCUUUUGCAAUGACCUAUGUGUCGACCCCACGGAAUUUCGAGUGCUGCUCUUGGCUUGGAAGUUCCAGGCUGCUACCAUGUGCAAAUUUACCAGGAAGGAGUUUUUUGAUGGCUGCAAAGCAAUAAGUGCAGACAGCAUUGACGGGAUCUGUGCACGGUUCCCUAGCCUCUUAAUAGAAGCCAAACAAGAGGAUAAAUUCAAGGAUCUCUACAGGUUUACAUUUCAGUUUGGCCUGGACUCUGAAGAAGGGCAGCGGUCACUGCAUCGGGAAAUAGCCAUUGCCCUGUGGAAACUAGUCUUUACCCAGAACAAUCCUCCUGUGUUGGACCAAUGGCUAAACUUCUUAACAGAGAACCCCUCGGGAAUCAAGGGCAUCUCCCGGGACACUUGGAACAUGUUCCUUAACUUCACUCAGGUGAUUGGCCCAGACCUCAGCAACUACAGUGAAGAUGAGGCCUGGCCAAGUCUCUUCGAUACCUUUGUGGAGUGGGAAAUGGAACGAAGGAAACGAGAAGGAGAAGGGAGAGGCGCACUCAGCUCAGGGCCCGAGGGCUUGUGUCCCGAGGAGCAGACUUAAUGGCUCUGUUCCAGGAGCAGCAGCUAGGAUCUGCCUGCUGCCCUGCAGCCAAGUGAGGAAUUGGACCUUUCUGGAAAUUACCGAAGAUCCGGAUAUUUUCUACUUUACACCUUUCUCUGCCUUGUAUCUGAAAGGGCUCUAAAAUGCUGUAUCAUGUUUUAGGCACUUUCUUCAUUUUUGGUUAUUUUUGGUUAUUUCUUUUUUKGGGGGGGGGGAAUCCCCCAAAAUAUUUGAACCUGGCUACAUGUUGUGUAUCUUCUUUUUUUGAAGCCUUCAGAUAGAAUAAGCCUGCCAUUUCUUGCACAAAUUUAGGUUUUUGGGGUUUUUUUGGGGGGGGUGGGGGAGGGUGUAGAGCCGGGUGGGGAGAAUGGGACUGUUAGGUUGAAUUAACAUUACAAAAUGAUACAGUGCCAGAUCUCAGUUUUGCAUAUUGUUUUUCAGGGCAGGUCUGUACUGUGUGUAGUGCUGUUUACAUGGUUGAAGUUAGUUUGUAAUUAUUAUUUUUAAAGAUUUACCCAGAUUUGAUAGCAGUGUUAACUGUUAACCACAUUGCAUUAAUUUCCAGACAAUUGAGAGCUCUUGGAGAGCCAAGGCCAAUCAAGAGCAUUUGCAGUCUGGUGACAACCCCCUUUUAAGCUAAUUUAUCCAAAAUCCCUAUUUCUCUCACUUCUUGCUCAUUCCUUCUUUGACCUAUUGCAUUUCAUGUUGAGUUUAUCCAUCAACAUGCUGCACCUGUCAGUCAAGUGAGCAGUUUUAUUUUUUUUAGAACACAUUGUACUGAGAACCACUUAAGUGUUGAAUGCAGAGAAAGCAGUGCUACCUCAGUUUUGCUGGAAGUUGACUUCUUUGAUAGUUUUCUUUCUUUGAUGAAGUUUCUGUAUUUUCAUGUUUUAAGUGGAAAUACUUUGUUUUUCAUUUGUCUUGGAGCCAAAGUUUCUGUUCCUGGUGGUCGGAAGACUGUGCCUGCCGGCCAGCUGACUUGAAGGAAAACUGUGGUAUGGAGCUCUGCUUGAAUCUUUUUUUUUUUUUUUUUUUUUUUCCCCUUUCCGAGUGUCAUCAGCUAGCUUACUUGUCUGGCAUGUGCAGAAGCCUGGGGCUGGUCUGAACUCUGCCAAACAAAUGUCAAAGUGUAUUUAAUAAAUGUGCCCUUUCCCUUCUUGCUGCACCCAUGUUGUCACUUAACCCCUAGGAGUUAUUUAUUAUCUUUUUGUUAAUGUCAGGCUCAUUUGGGGUGAUGUGAUGACUGUUUAGGUUUACAUGAUCCUCUUCUCCUUCCUCUACCCUCAAAUAUGUAUAUAUACAUAUAUUAAAUAUGUAUAUAUUUUACCUAUAUAAAAUAUAUAUAUAUACACAUAUAUGUAUCUAUAUUUCUUUGUUUCUCUGCCUGCUAAACUGGCCAUAAAAGAGGGAGCUGCCUUCAAUAUAUAAAGUGUAAGUAAGAAGAGUGCCAGGGAACAUCAUAAUGGAGGCUUUCGUAUCUGAAUCUGACCAUUUUUACUACAGGAGAACAUGAAUUUGCCCACACCUUCCUUACAGGAUGGGGGCCUGUUGCCCACAUUGCUUGUUCCAUGUGGCCAGCUUUGGCCAUACUGCCAUUGGGGCCUGAGGAACUAACGCUGGUCCUAUCUGGUUUCAGUAGAGGGUCCUCUUGUUAUUUUUCCAUUAACAUAUAUAUCCUCAAAAGCUGUAUUGGAAGGUGGAUGGCAGGAGCUUGUAACAGUUCGGCUUCCAACACUUUGGAACAGAUUAAAGGGAAUCUUUUAAAUAAAAACUUAUAAAAA